GACUUGUCCAUAUCGUGCUUACUUCUCUCGUAAGACUACACGUUUGGCAUGGAAGAAAGAAAGAGAAAAUAUUGCCGAGGAAUGCCAAGAGAUGUACCCAUUCAUCUUAAUGCUGGAACAUAUCAAAGUAUAUUCACAAAGAACGGGAGAAAAUAGAGUUUUUGAUGUGGGAAGGCAGCUCGGAAAAGACUACAAAAGUAAGGCUGGAGUGCGAUGAAGAAAUCCUGUGCUCAGAGAUUCUGUAGCUGUUUUCUUGUGCUCUUUUCUAUGAGAAUGUAUACCUUUUGCUCCGGUGUCGCUCUCCACUCUCUGGAGAGUCAAAAAGCUGUGGACGACUGUAAUAAUUAGGAGAAGGUGAUGAUGUGCGAAUUCCUACCUGUACAGGUAGAGGAAUAUUGAAAUGGAUCAGAGAAAGGCCAGCGAGACGCUUUUGUCCGGUCUCACUCUCUCUCGAUCUUUCAUCAUACCAUCUUCUUUCACUUCAGUGAUUGCGUCCUCUUUGUGAUGAAUUGUUCUAGUGAUUGGCUUCCCACAUCAUCGAGUGUUUCGUUGAUCCAAGACUGUCCGAAUGAUAUUUAGAGGUCCCAUGUAGCUGAAGCAGCUAAAAGGUGAAGGCCUUUACAUCAGACACCGGAGAAAGAGCAAUGUUUUGAGUUUUGUGGUACAAUGCAGCUUGACAGGAGUUUUAUCUCUAGAAUCUCUCAGCUAGUUAAGAGAGAGAUUGUUGGAGUUGAAUAAAAGGCUAUAGCUGCAGGAAGGGAGAUGGGGAACUGUGGAAGGAAUGGAGCUGUGAGACAAUACAUUCGAUCUAAAGUUCCUCGGAUGAGAUGGACGCCUGAACUGCACCACUGCUUUGUUCAUGCCAUACAAAGGCUCGGUGGCCAAGAGAAGGCAACACCUAAGCUUGUGCUCCAGUUGAUGGAUGUUGGAGGACUAACUAUAUCCCAUGUUAAGAGCCAUCUCCAGAUGUACAGAAGCACGAGGAACGAAGGAGGCAAGCAAGAUUUGCAUGAAAGAAAGCACUCAAACCCAGGCAAUGACAAAGUUGCUGGUGAGCAACAUGGUCUUGGCCCUUGCCACGCUUCAGUCCCCACCGAGGAGUUCCAGUCGCACCUUCUGUACUCUCCUCUUUCCCCUUUAAAACGGUUGGCAACUUACAGCCAGCUUCAUCUCCACUUGCUAUCAGUCAUGUUAGCAACAUAUAGAGACAACAUCCAAGUUUCUUCUCAACAGACUCCUACCUCACCUUUUGCUAAUCCUUUCCCCAUUCCUUUUGUUUACUGUAUCAAUAGGAUUAGAUUGGAUACACAAACCAGUUCGAAAGGUGUGCAAGACUUGACUGUGGAUACGACCCCGUACUCGGUUGAUCAUUACAUGCAAGACUUAACUGUGGAGAGGGGAGCAAAGGAAGGUCUCAGCUGGCAAAGAGAAACUGCCCGGGCUGAGAACCACUUCUCCAAGCUUACAGCUGUCAGAUACAUGGUGGACGGAUGUGAUCCUUCUAAGGUAGAACAAAAUAGUGAGGCCACCAUAAGAAAUGAUCAUUAUCUCAUGCCUGCAAACAAGUUCAUCACCAAACAGAUCUGUGGGAAUGGAUGCCUGUCAUGCAAACCACCAUCACAUAACAAUGAGUGUGCGGAGAGCGAGGAAGCUAACGAUUGCUCUCUGUCGCUGUCCUUAUCGUUGAACAGUGGAGCCAGUUGUGCAUGCUCUUCUUCCUCCAGCAGAGACUUCACUGACCACUCGAGCUACUCUGGUGGUGACAGAGUUAAUCUGGAUCUCUCCAUGUCUAUCUGUGAAACUUAAACAGGUUGCCUGAUACAUAUAUCUCUUGUGACUCUUCUCCCUUCUUUGGCCAUUGUUUCCUUUUAAUGGCCAUUGUUUCCUUGUAAGGAUUUACUCGGUUCAUUCGACAGGUUGCUAAAAGCUUUACUUUACAUGAA